AUGUUUCAAUGUCGUAUGUGUUCGGAGAACCCUUUCAAUGCCAUGUUCGCGGGCGGCGGGAAGCCUGAGAAGGAGAAAGAAAAGAAGAAGAAGGAGAGGCGAAAAUCCUCCUCCCGACGCGAUGCAGCGGCUUUUCAAGCCCGCAGCGACGAAGAGGUAGCAGCCGCCAUUAAGCGAUGGAGCGAGUAUGCGCAUCCGCGAGCCAACGAUUUCUUCGCCAGCCCGGAGCAACUCGAAGACGUGCUGCGACAGCUAGCCAAGGGCAUUGACAAGAAUGAUGAUCCCAUCCUGGGCGAUGAGGGCAAGUGUGUUUACUGGUACGGAGACGUCACAAAGGAAGACCUCCAAGCAGCCAUACGAAUGGUCAAGCCUGGCGAGUCCUCGGAGUCCGUGACUUACGUGAAUCGUGUCCUGGCCUUCAUCUUUGCCACUGACGAGUCCUUUGACAAGUUGAUGAAGUUGCCCAAGGAGCCCUUCAAGAUGAGCUGUGGAGACCAGCUAUGCGUCCACUUGGCGCACAUCUCCUUGGCCACUGCUGGCUGA